GCGACUUUUGUGAACAAGGCAAAAAGAAACCUUGGAUGAAAUAAGAUAAUUUGGAAAUGUUUUAGUCUGGCAUCCAGGUUAACUUCAGGAUUGCAGGUCUCCUCUUCAAGCUUUUGACCCAGAAUGCUUGCAGUUUGCCAACAGUGAAGAGGACCACAAUGGGGCUUGCUUCAUAGCAUAAUAGCCCCUCCUUCCUCAAAUCUCAAAUCCACAUCUGUCGUGGCGACCGUGGAGUGUUGCCUCUGGGGGCGGAGCCCACCUUGGUCUCUCUUUAUUGAUCCUGGAUGGAAUUGCGGUGAAUGGAACAGAAGCCCAGCACGGUGGAGUGCCUAUCGGAGCCAGAGGACACCCGGUGGCCGGAUGGGAAACGUAAAAGAAAAAGCAGCCAAUGUUCGGUGAAAAGCAGCAUGUCAGGGUACAUCCCUAGCUAUUUGGACAAAGAUGAGCAGUGUGUUGUAUGUGGAGACAAAGCCACAGGAUACCACUACCGCUGUAUUACCUGUGAAGGCUGCAAGGGCUUUUUCCGACGGACCAUUCAGAAAAAUCUGCAUCCAACAUACUCCUGCAAAUAUGAUGGUUCCUGUGUCAUCGAUAAGAUCACCCGCAACCAGUGUCAACUUUGUCGAUUCAAGAAGUGCAUUGCUGUUGGCAUGGCCAUGGACUUGGUGCUGGAUGACUCCAAGAGAGUAGCCAAACGGAAGCUGAUUGAAGAGAACCGGGAGAGACGGCGCAAAGAGGAAAUGAUGAAAUCCCUUCAGCACCGGCCAGAGCCAACCCCAGAGGAAUGGGAGCUGAUACGCAUCGCUACGGAUGCACACUGCAGUACCAAUGCCCAAGGCAGCCAUUGGAAACAGAAGCGGAAAUUCCUGCUGCCUUGUGAGGACCAGAUCAUCCUUUUGAAGGGCUGCUGCAUGGAGAUUAUGUCACUGCGGGCAGCUGUGCGUUAUGACCCUGAAAGCGAAACCCUGACACUCAGUGGUGAAAUGGCUGUCAAGCGGGAGCAGCUGAAGAAUGGUGGCUUGGGCGUAGUAUCAGAUGCCAUCUUUGAUCUGGGAAAAUCCCUCUCUGCCUUCAGCCUGGAUGACACUGAAGUGGCACUACUCCAGGCUGUGCUGCUCAUGUCCUCAGAUCGCAGUGGGCUUAUUUGCGUUGAUAAGAUUGAGAAAUGCCAAGAGACCUAUCUGCUGGCAUUCGAACACUACAUCAAUUAUCGCAAACACAACAUUCCCCACUUCUGGCCCAAGCUCCUCAUGAAGGUGACCGACCUGCGCAUGAUUGGGGCUUGCCAUGCCAGCCGCUUCCUGCACAUGAAGGUGGAAUGCCCCACGGAGCUCUUCCCCCCACUCUUCCUUGAGGUCUUUGAGGAUCAGGAAGUUUAGGGCAUGAGGAGGGAUGGAGGGAGGGUGGCAAACACAGGGUGGCGUGGGUGAACUGGGGACAUGGGGCAAUUUGGGGCUGGGGCGAUGUCUGGACUUGGGUUACAAGGCCCUCACCUCAUCACCUCGGACACAACAGAUUUUCAUUGUUUUGUUCUGUUUUGUUGUUUUCAUUUCUUUUCUUUUUUUCUUUUUGUUUUUUGUUUUGUUUUUCUAAAUAUUGCACGUCAGCAUCAGUGAAUCCCCUGGAUAGGGGAAGCAAGGGCAUCCUUGGCAGGGGGUGGGCCGCGAUAAAAGUCAAAGCUAUACAAAAUCUGGGUUAUGAGGUAGACAUGUGCAGUAGCCAACACAUUCUUUGUCUAGGCAGAUUUUUUUUUUUUAAAAAAAAAAGUAAUAAUAAUACAAUUCCCACCUGCCCCCUUGUUAUGUCCCCUGUUGUCCAAAGUUAUCUUUCUAGGGUGAAAUGUCUGUCCUAAACUUUAACAUAAAAAAGAGAAAAACAAUCCACAUAUUGUUCUCUUCCCCCCUCCCUCCAAAAUGCUUUCGCCUUUCUCCCCUUCUUUAAAGAAAAGUUUUCUGCCUCCCUCCACACAUCCCCACAACACUGGAAACAAUUGGCACCUCUUGAGCCCUGAUCAAACCUCUCUCGUUUAAAUGGACUUGAUUACCAAUAUAUAUAAAUAUAUAAAGAUAUAUAUAUAUAUACCUUCUUUUGCACAUAACAGUCCCAGGAAACGUCAGAGUGUGUUUGGUUGUUGUUUUUUUCUUUAAGAACUUUAGCAUUUAGUUAUCCUCCCUGGGAGGCUAAAAUCGAAAAUGCACUUUUUUUUGUAAAAGAAAGAAAGAAAGAAAUGGAACCGAGAGAGAGAGAGAAAAAGAGAAAUCCUAUUAAAUUAUUAAGGGCAGGUGGGAGGAGGAAGGUCACAGAUGUUUUGCAAAAUAAAAUAAAAUAAGAAUAAACCUAAAUUGAGGCUGAAGGUCCACAUGUGAAGGACAAAUGCACUUUGAGUGAGAUAAAAAUCCUUCCCCUCGUCUCCUCCCUUAAUAGAGAAACAGAUGACAAGAUCUAUUUUAUAUUGCUUUGAAUGGCACUGCAGGGCUUGCUUCUUAAGAGGUGCCUGCUUUGUGUUCCAGUGUUGAGAGGUAUAUUCAUCAGCCUUCUUCCUUGUCCCAAUGCCCUCUUCCCUCCCCAAAGCUUCAGCCAAUCUACCUCCAUGUUCAGCAAGGUGGGUGGAUUAAACAGAUUCCCACCCACACCUGCUGCCCCCUCCCACUGGGCUUCGAAAUGGCCCUUGCUAAUUCUUUGCACACGCUUUCCCACGCCACGUGGCGGUACACUUCUUUCUGCACUAGUAUUCUUGCUGUCCUGCUGCACCCUCCCUUCAACGCCCUUCUCUCUGGGGAAGAAAAUAGGAGAAAUCCUAACCCUUCAAUGCUCCAAGAGAAUCAAAGUUAGGUUUCAAUUCUUUCUUUCUUUUUUUAUGGGGAGAAGGGGGAAUGGCACUUAGCAAUACAGAAAACAUGAAGACAGUGAAAUUAAUGGGGACAUGGCACACACUGUAAAACCCAGGAUUGUACAGCCUUUCUGUAUUAAGAGGUUGUAGGCUCUGCAUAAUAACUUCUCUUUCUCCUACAGCAUUCCAUGUCCCCCUGCACUUCUGAAUUACUGGCCCUUUUGUAGUCCCAGUUGUAUCUGUGCACGUGGGAAGAAAAGGUUUCUCUUAAAAGGCCUGUUGGAAAGGUUAUCCUGGCCUGAUUAAGUCUAAUUUUCCCUUUCGGACGGGUGUUUGAUCAAUGAAAUAAUAUUCAAAUGCACUUCCUUGCACAAAAGGAGGAUCAUUCUGCCUAACUUGAACUGUCAUGGGCAGAGCAAUGCCCCAAGCCUCAGGUUGUGUGAACUGUAUCAGAGGUGAUCCAGUUGGGAACUUGGAGGCAGGCUACCCACAUUUGUAAAACUGAAUUGGCCAAGCUGGUAAGAGAAAAAACACCUCAAGUUUUUCAAAUUAGGUAUUGUUUCCAUUUGAUUUCAGCUUUUUUUUGUUGUCAUUAUUUAGUGUUGUGCUUAUGUGGUUGUAACUGGUUGUUGGAAAAUAGAACCUCUGAAGUUCUGGCCAGAAGUUAGCUUGAUGAGAACAUCAUUUGGAGAAGGGGAAUAUGGUAAAUUUUGAUCAGGCCUAACAACCCCAUUUUAAUAGCCACCAGCCCUGCCUUUUAUCCUGUACUUUUGCCCCUUGGCUGAUGCUUGGGGAAGGUGGAGCAAUUGGUACAUAGGGCCAUAUUUGACAUGGAACAUCCAGUUAUGAAUCCCCACUCUAAAGAUUUGCCCUUGGAGGAGGUAUUUCUAAAGAGAAAAACAAAAACAAGAUAACAACCACCAGCUUCCCGCUUUCUUCCUGUCUUUUUCACCUUUAAUGUAAGCCAGACUGUGAUCACCUUAAUGCAAGUAUUUUGGCACUUAACACUGUUAAUAGAUCAGACUUCUCUAUCUCUCCUAAACUGCUUUAUCUGUGAUAGAUCCAUUUCUUGUCAACUUAAUAGCCAGACUUUUUUUUCUGCAACUGUAAUAUGAUGUUACUCGGGAGAGGGAUAUAUUUUUAUUCCCCCCUUCUUUUGUUCUUUCUCUCUGUCACAUGAUUUCCGUUGGAAAAAAGAAACCCUUUACCUCUUACCUCAUUCAAGACGCCGUGGGAAAUGUUACACGUUGAGUUGGGUGCAUGUUGGAUGUAUCAUCUGAAGGUUCAGAGGCCGGCGCAUGGAGAACUUAGCUCCAAUUUAAGCUAAUAUACAGAAUAUAUAUAUAUAUAUAAAUAUGUAUAAUUUUUUUUAAUUGAGAAGAAAAAUCUUUGUACGGGUCUGUUCACAAAAAAGAAAAGAAAAAUCACACAAACAAAAAUUUGGGUUGGAAAAACAUAAUACUUCUUUUGUUUGUUUGUUUGAUUUUUGCUUUGUUUAUAUCAUCUUUAAGUGACAUGGGGUUAAAUGGGGAAGUAAUUGCUGGCUUGGAUUGAAGCGAGUCUGGGAUCCUAAAUGCCAGCUAUCAUACUGGAUAAUAUUCAAGGCAAUGCCUGUUCCCCAGUCAUCAAAUGUGAUGUUGAAUACAGAUCUUAACAGUCUCAUGGUUUUUUUUUCUUUAAAAAAAGCAAGUUUCUAACUUGUAUGGCAGUAAAGACAGUUUGUGAAGCCCAAUGAAACCUCAGAACAGACCUUAAGUGGGAUUUUCAGUGGUGUGGAAUACAUCUCUGGUACAAAAACAGGAUGCAUUAUGAAAAAUAAGACCACAUUUGUGGUUUUUCUUCAUUAUUCCAUUUUUCUUAGAGCAGCAUUCAGCCUUUCUUGAUGUGGGAGUUAGAUGUUUGUGUUUAAAGUGCAGAGGAAGCUCCAUGCCCAGUUGUUGUUCCACCAGCUUCUUUCCCCAAGGAAUAAAACUGGGUCCAUGGAAAGAAUGUAUCUUGAGAAGAUGCAGAAGUUUUGCCUUGAAAAUAUGAGCUAAUCCUGGGUUUCUUUGAGGGAGAAAACUUUUUUGUUCAGCUUAGAUGUUGAAGAAACUUGCCUGAAACUAUCCCCAAAGCCUCAUAUCCAUGCAAUAACAAUUUGAAAAGCACCCAAAGAUGAGGAACUUUAUAGUCUGAUUGGCUAAUUUCAAAGACUGGUGUUUUCUUAUUUUAUUUAAGUCAUAACAUGCUGCUCCCUGUAUACCUACACAAUAUGCACACAGCUUAUUAGAAACUUAGGUUCCUUCAUACUUAAUCCAGCUCUUCUGAAAUUAGAUAGUUUACUCAGACCACUUAACGCUGCCUGCUGCAACCCUCAUUGUUCUGCCCUUCUCUAAUACUACCCGCCCCUUCUAAAAUCUGUAUUGGUCCGAUGAAACAGGCUUGCAAGUCUUUGGUAAACAGUUCCCCUCUUACAUUAAUCUUCCCUGUGCAAUAAAAUGAGGUAUGUGUGCUUGUGUGUACGAGAGAGCUGUAUAUAUUGUGUUUGUUCCUGUGUCUGUGAGAGACAGAGGUUAAUUAGGCUGAACUCCUCUAACCAGAAGGGAAUCCUACUGAAAUCACUGGAUUUGCUUCAAAGUGGCCAUUAAAAUUCUUUUGCUAGGCCCUGAUCUUAUAUCUUAAAGGUUUGACGGAAAAUACCCUUUUUGGACUUGAAUCAAAGACUCACUUUAUGGACAUAAGUUUCUGCCUUAAAUGGAAGCAGACCAGUGUCCUCUGUAGCUCAGUAUUCUCCCCUUGGGCGGGCAGCAGUCCCCAAUGCUUCAGGCCGUUUCCCUCAGCGAUGGCACCUGAGAGCCAAGCAGAACGAGAGGCUGGAGAGCAGUGAAAUGAAGCGAUCUGACUGUUUGGGUUUCUGGCAAUUCAGAAUCCUCCGCAAAAGGUAGGGCUGCAUUUUUCAUGGAAACAUCCUUUUCUGCUCCCUCAUUCAGAGAGUGAAAGACAUGUAGGGGUUUCUAUGAAUUGAAUGCGGGACCUCUCUGGUGCCAUGCAAGUGUUCUGCCAUAGAAGUUUAUAUAGCACUUAUCCACGUAGGUUUAUAUAGCACUUAUUCACAAGAACAGCCUUUGCUUAGUUCCGGGUUGGAGAUUUUGACAGCUAUAUCUGCUUUUGGUGGUGCAAUUGGGUAAAGUUAGAGCAUGGAAACUAUUAUCUCGAAGGAGUAUUAGGUAAGGGAAGCACAGUAUUUGAUUAAAACAGGAGGAAUUGGUUGUGAUCCGUAGGUACCUCUGUGCUGCUGUCCUUGUUUUGCUUCAGGAGCCCAGAGCUCUCUUCUGUGCUAAGAUCAUCACAGUUUAGUAGGUUUUUAAAUAGUGCCCAGUGUUAGUAUAACCAUCCAAAGCAGCUUCCCCCUUUUUAUUGAUAGACUUUUUUUUAUACAACCAUUACUCUUAGCCUACUGCAUUAUUCUUAGGCUGGCUUCAUACGUUUUGUUAAGAUACAAUGUGAUUUUCCUUGAUUUUAGCUUAGCAUGUUGUAUGAAACUUAGCCAUCUUUUUAAGCCAUAGUUCAUGGUUUUGCAUGUUUUAUGAACUCAGUUAAUUUAUUCAUUAAAUCAUAGUUAAAACAUAUAAUGUGUGAACUCAGCCUUAAUCAUCUGCUUUCCCACUAUGCAAGACCCAUUCUUAUUCAGAAUUAAAUAUGGAUGCUUCCCUGUAAGGCCGUAAGGUUCCUUAGCUUUUUUUCAAUGCUUUCUUUCCAUGACUCUUCCAGUGGAAAAUUUUUAGGAAUUUCUACAGAUGUGAGUAGUAGGAACUAGCUUUCUGGCCAGAAAAGAGUUACAACAAAAUCUGAAAACUUAAACUGAAACUCGCUGAAUAAAUAAAAUAGAGCAUUAGCUAUCCGUUUGUGACUCCCACCCACUGGUAACUCCUGCACUGUCUUUCGACUUUAUGUAGUCUUGUUAAACAGUCUUGUUAAAACAGCAAUAUGCUUUUCAGGCAGGAGCCCUUUUCUACUUAACCAUUUUCCAGUUGUAUUUUCAAAACCAAUCUGUUACUACUGCAAUAGUAUUUCAGCACCACAUCCACCCACUGUCCAUGAUUGGACUGUUGGCAUACAACUGUUGUAAAGAAAGAAAACAAAAAAACUCCUUAAGUUUCUAUGCAUCUCGGGGAUUUGGCUUGAAAUCAGAUCUCUGAGAUGUGUAUUUUCUAACUGGAAUAUUGAAUAAAUUUUGGCAAGGAAAAGACAUUCAGAAUUAUCCAUGUAAUUAGGAAUUGAACUCAACUCAAGCUACUUUUUAUCUUUUUAUACUCUCCCCCCCCCCCCAUCUAUUUAUUCAUUCCAAACUGAAAAGAUUUUAAUGCAUCCCAGAUAUCACAGAAAUGUGUCAAAAGGUUUUUACUGGCUAACUAAUUUUCUAUCCUUAUUCAUAUUUCAUUUAGGGAGAGGUACAGCUUUCACUAAUGUAUCUGCACUACACAAAGCUGGUUAGUAUUCCCAACCCAUUCUUAUCCAUUUCAGAAAUUGAGAUGCUUUGCAAGGUAUGUAAUUUCUAAGCCUCAAGCAUGUUUAUUAGCAUAUACCUUCCAUACUGGCACUUUUCUGUUAUGAAUGAGCUGCUAUUGAGUUGAAGGUGAUCACAUAAACAAUGUUUUUACUGAAUCGACACAUUCGGUAGUUCUUAGGAUAGCCGAAUGUGUGAAAUCCUCCUUGGGUGAAUGUAGCAUCUGAAAGAGUUGAGUGUUGCUUGAGGGAGAUUUGAGGUCUUUAGAUGCACAUACACAAUCAAUUCAGUUGUAAAAGGAGUUUGAAACAAUAUCAAUUCAGUUAGGUUAGAAAUGAAUGUAAAUAUAAAACAGAGUUGGACUGAUCAGCUAAAAAAUAUCUAAUAACCAGCAUAAGGGCAGGUUGAAAAAGAAUCAGCCAUUUGAAAUUCUCUUCUUAAAGAAUUACUUCUUUUUGCUCACUUAAGAUGGAAUGUUUGUCCCAAGCUGGCACCUACUACAAAUGUGGCUAGUGUAUAAAAUAUUUCUGUAUCUUCUUUUGGAAGCAGUGAAUCUGUGGCCAUUGUGCUUCUUACAUGGCAUUUUGAAAAUUUCUAAGAGUAUUCCAGGAUGCUCUGCCCACUUAUUUAGGCCAAGAAAUCCUGCACAAAUAAGCAUGAAGAAUGCCUUUUCUGAGGAAUUUUCAAAAGUUGUUGCUUUUUUCUGCAAGCAAACUCUAGCCACUUUGAUGAGUUUUCUCCAAAGAAAAUCAGAAUGAAAUUAUUAAUUGGCUCAAACAUCUGGAUUGGUUCUAAAGUUCAGCUUCCAUAAAUUCCAUUUAAUUGAGUUGAAGCCAAAGUAUUGUGGACAAGAUCCCAAAUAAAUCCUUUUUCAGAUCACUUUUUAACUGAUAAACUUAUCUUCAGCCUUAAUUUUAUACCAUUGUAUUCCAGGCUGUCUAAAUUCUCAUGGCAUCCAAGUGAGGGGCUGUUGCUUCAAAAGAGAGAGUCAGAAAAACAAGAUUCUUGAAGCCGAGCAUUCUGCAAAACUUUACAGUGUUUGGAAGGUCUCAUAAUUCUUCUUAUUUUCAGUUAGAAUAAGAAUAAGCAAUACAUAAAAAAUAAAAAGCUGAUUUUGACCUAAAAUAACAGAUUUUAAGAUCUUCUUCCCCAGCCUGCCUGCCAAAAACGGUUCCGGUGUAUUUGACAUUCAUGCCUCAGGUCAGCCCCUUUAUUCUCUUUUCCUUCCCUGCUUUCUCACCCACAGAUCAAGGAGCCCCAGCUGGACAGUCUCAGCUGAAAGACACACAUUAUUUCCUAGUGCUAGUUCUUGACUUAAUUUGACUUACCUCAGCAACCAGCCUUUCAAGUUCUUACCCCAAAAUCUGCCACAUAGUUCUUUAAAAGAUAAAAAAUAAACCUCUGGAGGUUAAUUUCUUUUGAUAACAUUGAACUACAUGGUAAUCCUCAUUUAUCCCUGGCAAUUUGGUUGUUAAAUGAAGUGGUUGUUAAGUGAAACGGAUUGUGUUUGCGAUCUUAUGUCAGUUUCCUUUGCUUUACAGACCUGCAAGGUUAUAAAUGCAAGGAUUAGUUGCAAGGAUUAGUUUCAACACUGUCAUAACUGUGGCAGUUGCUAAACAAGGACUACCUAUAUACUUCUGCUGCCUGCAAAGGGCUGCAGAAGCUAUGGCUUUCUUCCCAUUUAUAACGCUCCUUGCCAGGCUGAAAAAGUUUGCAUAGGUACCGUAACAAAUCUGUAAUUUCCCCCUUAACCUGGAAGCCUAAAAAAACAGAUCUCACAUAAUCCUCCUAUCAUUACCUUA